AGAGAGAGAGACGGGUCGUGAAUCUCGUCGGACUUUAGAACUUACUGCACACCACGUGAAACGAUGUCGUUUUAGUCCGAUGGGGCGCCGGCCUUGCUGCGAGAAAGUUGGCCUGAGAAAGGGGCGGUGGACGGAGGAGGAAGACGCCCGGCUGAAAACCUACAUUCUCGCCAACGGCGAAGGUUCCUGGAGAUCUCUACCCAAGAAUGCAGGACUUCUCCGGUGUGGAAAGAGCUGUCGGCUCCGGUGGAUCAACUAUCUGAGAUCAGAUUUGAAGCGAGGGAACAUCACAACUGAAGAAGAAGAUACCAUCAUCAAGUUACACUCUUCCAUAGGAAACAGGUGGUCUUUGAUUGCAAGUCACCUGCCAGGCAGAACAGACAACGAGAUAAAAAACUACUGGAACUCUCAUCUGAGUCGACAAAUUCAUACAUUCCGACGGCAGAAUAGUGCCGAUACCGGGCGUAUAAUUAUCGACGUGGCGAGACUCAACCUCCCGCCACGGCGGAAGGGUGGCCGCAGCCGGCGAAGUAACAGGCCGGUGGAGAUCGGCGGCGACUUAUUCGCCGACUGUAAUUCGACGACUUCUUCGUUCUGUCUCGAUAGUCCGUGGGACUGGGAAAGCCUCGCCGGCGGCCACCGGAUUUGGGAAUGGGACGCCGCCGAUCCCGAUGCCGGAGAAGCUGAGGCCGGCGCCGCCGAAUCCGACGCCGUUAUUUCUUGGCUUCUUUCCGAAUCUUAG